AUGCCAUUCCGUCUUAUUGAUUGUUUCAGCAUAUCUCAUGGAGGUGAAUUUCAUGUUGUUGGCACAAAAAUUCACAAUUUUCGGCAAGAUGCUUAUGUUAUCUUUAAUCCACUAACACGGAAGUGGCGUGUUGUGGAAAAUUUUGAGCCAAUUUGUGAAUUGUCACGGCAUUCUACAACUCUUCUUGGAAGUAACAUCUACCACAUACUUGCAGAUGGCACUGUUACAGUCAUGACAACUGAUCAAAUGGUCUGGCACGAAUUAUGUGCAUAUCCUCUUGUGGUUCUUCGAGGCCAUAAUAGACAAUUAAGAUCAUUUGGGUUUGGAUUUGUUGCAUCUCGAAAGCACAUAUAUGUUAUUGGAGGUCUGACUCUCAAGUAUAACACAAACAACUUUACAUAUGCCACUGUAAAGCUAAAGACAACUAAGUUUUGCGACAUAACAACUUUACCGCUAGAAUGGAAGGAUGUCAAAUCAAUGCCAAUUGAAGUGGGACAUAUAUGUGGAUGUGCCUUUUUAGAGGAACAAAGAUGA